UGCGGCGGAAAGGCAAGACACGAUCGCGAGUAGCCACAUUAAGGUAGUCGAGCAGUGCGAGUCGUUCCAAAAGCAACCACCUGGGAGAGCAGGAGGACCGGGUGGUGAUCGACCGCUGCAAGCUGGAUUACAUCCGGCAAGAAGAGUUGGUUGGUCGUCCUACGCACGAAAUACGAAGCGCUAGAUCGCCGAGGAACAAAUACGCGCGGUGGUGGUUACUCCCCCCCCCCCCUUCCCCCUAACGCGGUCUCUCGACGCGUGCAAAGACACUCGUCGACGUCCAAAUAUUGUCGGUAUUACAUUCCGACUGUUCCCCGUUCGAUUUCUCGCUCCGUCCGUCGUGUAUUGAAUCACGUGUGUUGAAAGAAGUGCAGCACCGAGGAUCGUCGACAACCCUCGACGAUAAUUUCGCCGCCGCUUCUCUCGCAUCGUUUCGAGCCAUCAUCAGCAACGUGGAGCGCGUGGCGGAAGAAUGGAUAACGGAUUCGCGAUAACGCGGACGCGAUCCGCGAUAAUCGGGCUGCUGCUGCUGCUGCUGGCAACGGCACACAGUAACGGGCUGCAGUAUCAGCCUGUCGACGCUUAUGCAAACGGAGAGGAGUGUGCCUUGAUCCUGGACACCCGUGGAAGAACCAGCCUUUACGACUACACCUAUAAUUUACUUCGCGGAUCGUUUCCCGCCGCGGGAGGAACCCAAACCUGCAUCACGUACGACGCCGUAAAUCAUGCCUACGUCGAGGCGAGGAAGCGCAUUAACGUCGCGAGGCCAAAGUCGGAGAUGUGGCGACCGGAGGACCUGGCGACGGUCGGCGAGCUGCUUCUCGACAUCACCACGAAUCUCGCGCAAACGUACGGGCUGACCUACGAGGAGGUCGAAAGGAGUCUACCGUUGAUCGACACCUCGAAGACGCUGAUCCGCGAGGUCUGCCCGGCCUUCCUCAGCAACGUGGAAUGCAGACCGGGCAAGUACCGGCGGUACGAUGGCCUCUGCACGAAUUUGCAGAAUCCAACCUGGGGAGCCACUUUGUCACCCUUCACGAGAUUGAUGAGCCCUCAGUUCGCGGACGGCUUGACGGCGCCAAGGAUAUCCGUAACGGGUCAUGAUCUGCCAUUGUCUCGGGUCGUAUCGCGCACCAUGCACCCAGACGAAGGUUACCACGAUCACGCCGGCACAGUUAUGGUGAUCGCGUGGGGACAAUUCAUGGACCACGAUUACACUUUGACUGCCACGCCUCUAGAUCCCCUGAACCGAAACGAUCCGGAAGAAUGCUGCGGCCGGCCGCCACACCUGAAGAAUCCCUACUGCAACGAGAUCCUCAUACCGGAGGAUGACUAUUUCUACAGGUUAUUCAACGUGCAAUGCAUGGACUUCGUUCGUGCUUUUCCUGCCGUCCGACCUGGUUGCCGCCUCGGUUCCCGCGUGCCUUUCAAUCUUCUUACCGGCGUGCUGGACGGUAACACGGUUUACGGCAUCACGGAAGCUUUCGCCAGAAAACUCCGAACGGGCUAUGGUGGAUUAUUGCGAAUGAAUCCAGUCUUUUCAGAAUAUGGUCUGAAGGACCUAUUACCACUAAAGUUGGACAUUCCAGACGAAGGAUGCACUCGGCCAAACAAGUCGAUGUACUGCUUCGAAGCAGGCGAGAUUCGAGUAAACGAACAACUGGUACUCACCUGCAUGCACACUUUACUGGCGCGGGAGCAUAACCGGCUCGCCAAAACGUUGGCAAUCGUGAAUCCGCAUUGGGACGAUGAGAUUCUCUUCCAGGAAGCCAGGCGCAUCGUCAUCGCGGAAAUCCAACACAUCACUUACAACGAGUUCCUCCCGAUAUUACUCGGCAAAGAUGUCAUGGAGAAAUUCGGACUUCUUCUCGAGAAGGAAAAAUACUGGGAUGGAUAUGAUUCGAGCAUAAAUCCAGGUGUAAUAGAUGCUUUCGCUGCUGCUGCCUUUAGAUUUGGUCACUCGUUAUUGCCAACGGCUGUGGAACGAUGGAGCAAAGCUCAUAAAUUCAUCGCUUCAAAGAGACUCUCGGAUUUAAUAAGACGGCCUUACGAUUUGUAUCGCGCUGGUGUAUUCGACGAAUAUUUCAUGGGCUUGAUGAAUCAAGUUGCUCAGGCUAUGGAUGAUUCUAUAACUCAAGAAGUGACGAAUCAUCUGUUUAAAAAAGUAGGAGCAAAAUUCGGAAUGGAUUUGGUAUCUUUUAACAUGCAACGUGGUCGAGAAUUUGGUAUUCCAAGUUAUAUGGAGUUUAGAAAGUACUGCGGCCUUCCCGAAGCGAACACCUUCGACGAACUGUUCGGUUCUAUGCCGAACGAGACCGUCAGGCGGUACAGCACUAUCUUCGAACAUCCCGCGGACGUCGAUUUAUGGUCGGGCGGCGUAUCCGAGAGACCGCUUCCGGGUAGCAUGCUCGGGCCAACCUUCGCCUGCCUGAUUGCCACGCAAUUCAGCCAUUCGCGCCGCGGCGACAGAUUCUGGUACGAGCUGCCGAACCAGCCGUCGUCCUUCACUCUCGAACAACUGAACGAAAUUCGAAAGACGAAGCUCGCCAGACUGAUUUGCGACAAUACCGAUCUCAUCGACACGACACAAAUCUAUCCAAUGGUCCUUCCCGAUCACGAAAUAAAUCCUCGAGUCCCAUGUCGCAGCGGUAUACUACCUGGCAUCGACUUGUCGAAAUGGGCCGAAUUCCCGGCGACGAGUCACGCCACGCAAUACAAUAUCAUAAUGAAACCUACACAAGCUGCAUCAGAGAUUAAGCCCAUAUUAACAAAGCAAGCAUAUAUUAACAAAUUAAAUCGUAAAUUAAAAUCCGUGGGAAAAGAUGCAGCGAACGGUUUAAAAAAAGAGCCGAGCAAGCCUUGGUGGGCAUAUUCUGUUGGACGGAGAAACUUAGCGCAACGCUUAAAAAUGCCUCAGAAAGUAUUGCAAGAAAAGUUUCUAAACGAACGAAUCAUGUCACUGACAACCUCUCCUGUAAAUAAUCAAAUUAAAAAUGUAAAUUUAUCUCCUGACAUGGAAAUCGUUAAAAUAACAACAGUUGUCGAGGCUAUCCGACAGAAGCGGCAAAAAAUUGCGCAAAUGUCGGAAGUAGCCGAAAACAUUCAGGCAAUGAUCGGCAAGAAACGUUCGAAACGUUCGUCUCACGAAUCGAGAAAAAGUUCGACGACAGUUAAGAAUUCGCGGCGUGCUGAAGAGAAAAAAACUGUUGUUUCAAAUAAAAAAUCUCGUUACUCGAAAUCCCGUCCUCGAAAGGAACAAACGGACAGUAAAUCAAGAAAUUCUUCGAGGAAAAAAGAGGUGGCCGAUCUCAAAACGGCGAACAGCGCGAUACCGAGUACUGUAUUCUACAAACGUAUUUGGGAAUAUAUUAAUGGCACCCGUUCUCAUUCCGACAUUAUCGGCGAUUCCCUGGAAAAAAAUUCCGAGAAAGAUAACUCAACAUGCACGGACAAUGAUCGAAUUGCGACCUCGCAAUCGCAGAACGACAAAUCGCAAGUGAUAAGCCCGAAUGUUAAACCGGAACGAGACUUUUAUAAACGUAUCUGGGAUAUAAUUAAUGCAACCCAGGCGUAUGAAAAUUCAAAGAUUCGUUCUAAACGAGACGCAAAUAUCGGGCAAAGUGAUGCAGCUUCGACCCCGUUAUGCAUCCAAGAACAAACAGACGAUUACGAGCAACUGACAACGAAUGAAAAACGCUCGCUCGAUAUCGCGGACACGAUAAAUCCGUCGUCGGAAAUAUCCGAUCCCGAUUCUUAUAUAUCGGGCUUUUGGCCCGUCGCAAAUGAUACCCAAUGGCAACCUAAAACUGCAACAGUUCCGCUGUUAAACGCAGCAGCAAAGUUGAACGAUGAUCUGACCUUGCGGCCGCUCGCAAACAUCGCGAGCGCUUCCGAAGUGGACGACCUGAAUAAAUUCCCCGAUAAAGUCGAACAGGUCGAUUAUUCGUCUUCGGAUAACUCGACGGGGCACAAUUCGUCACAGGAAAUCAUCACCGACCCGGGACCACCGUAUUCUUCUGAAGAAAGCUUCGCUACCUCCUUGUACUUGCCGAUCGAGCGUGCCGUCGACAAAGCCCCGCGAGAGGAGGAUCGCGAAACUCCGCAAGCAGAGAAUUAUUCGAGCACGACGCCGAAUUACGAUCCUUCAAAAAUACCUUACGUGGAGAUAUCAGAUUACUCCGAUCAACAGGAGGACAAGAGCAACCAGAGCGCAACUGCAGCGAAAUACAAAGAGUACGACGAUGACGAUUACGGUGUCGAGCAACUCUACAACAUCGAUGCUCUCCCUUCAAAGUCCCCGAAUGCUGAGAUUAAAGUAGAACCGACUGAAAGUGAAGACGAGCCGGAGACCUCAUUGGAUGCAAACGACUCGCGUUCACGUUGCGCGGAAAAUAAGGAUUCUCCGAAGGAGUGCGCCGACAAGUACGACGUCGAAGACACCAAGUUGCGCAAUAACACUGAGGACGGCGCGGACGUUCAACGCUCCGCAGAAGAUUCCGCAGAAAUCUCGUCAUCUGAGGAGAGUGAAAACUCGGAUUUCGUUCACUUUGACAUAAACGAGUACAGGAAGCCGUUUAAUUUGGACGAGUUCUUCAAGAACGAUCCUCUAUUUAAGAGCAUACGAGCUGCCAUUAGCAGGGAAUACGCGAAAUACGAUUAUGAGAAAAAUCCCCCCCCUCGCACCGAGGGAUCCGAAGAGGUCGAGACAUAUGCCACUGAUCCGAAGGAACGAUCGCAGGAUUAUUUCGCGAAAAACGAAGAGCGUGACGUCGCUUCCGAUGACAAGGAUAAAACGGAAGAGGAGACUGAUUCAUACGAGAAGAAGGAAACGAAAGAGAGCGAGAUAAACAACGAAAAUUAUUAUCCCUAUGACGAUAAAGAUUUCUUUAAGCGUAUUUUUGAGAAAGACAAAGACAACGAUAAAGAAUCGUCCGAUGCAGUCGACACGGAAAAAGAAUUUCUAUCUCGUUAUUUUACGGAGGAUGUUUUGAGCCAGUUGCGAGAUAAUUCGACGGCCGAAGAAGACAGACAAAAAGAAGAAUCGAGGAACAAGGAAGAAAUUCAUAAAACGUUAUCGAAGAUCUUAGAUAAGAAGGAUCAGUUCUCCAGAUUAGAUGACAAUCUCAAUAAAAUGGUUGAAAAAGGUGAAACAAUACCGAUCAAAUAUAAUAAUUAUUGGAGCUUGGAAUAUGAAUCACCUCGUAGAAGGAAGGCGGAAGAAGAGGCAAACGAAGGAGCAGAAGAAGCUGAAGAAGCUUAAGAUACAAAUUAUGUUAAAUUAUGUUAUAUGUUAUGUACUUAUGUUCUUGUUGUUACAUACUUUUUGUUGAAAAUUGGAUAAAAUAAGCAAUUGUUUUAAUAUUAUUAGACUUGGAUCAGUUCCAUGAUAAUAUUUUCUUUGUUAUUACAAUGGCACGUAUUGUUAUGAUGCACAAUUGUUAAUAGAAAUUAAAUAUAAAUAAUACACUCUGUAAUAAUGCUUUCAAUUUUGUAUCCAUUUUAAUUAAUUUAUA